AUGGGCUGGCCGUACCACUUCCUCACCCUCUCCAAGCAAGACGUCCUCCUCCGCCGCCAAACCAUCGAUCGCUACGCCCUCAUCGCCCACCUCGCCGCCCUCGCCCCGGCCGUCCUCCUCACCCUCCUCCGCCUCGCCGUCCGCGCCUCCGCAAGAUUCCUGCCCCGCCUCGGCCACGAUGACGGCAGCCGCGGCCGCUAUGCGCACGUCCCCGGCUCGCCCACCGUCAAGGCCCAGCGCAGCUCUGGCCUCGGCCUGCUGGCGGCCAGAUGGAGGGCCCUGACCUGGUGGCUGGGCGACGACGUCGUCGUGCGAGGCGUGCGAUGGGGCCAGCGGGAUGAGUGGGUGCUGGGCCUCGUCUGGACGGGCGUGCUGCUGGUUCUGUGCGUCUUGGAGACUGGUCAAGACUACCUCCACCUCACCAAACGCUUCGGCUCAAUCGCAGUCUCCCAGCUCCCCAUCCAGUACCUCCUCUCCCUCAAGGCCCUCAACCCCUACGCCUACGCCUUCGCCUCCUCCCACGAGCACGUCAACCGCUACCACCGCGUCCUCGGCCGCGUCAUCUACGCCCUCGUCGCCGCCCACAUCGUCUUCUACAACGUCUUCUUUAUCCUCUCCGGCAUCUGGGUCAAGCGCUUCUUCGCCCCCGUCGUCUUCUGCGGCGUCCUCGCCGCCGUCGCCCUCCACGCCCUCAUGGGCACCGCCCUGGUUCGCGUAAGGAGGUUCUCGUACCGCGUCUUCUUCAUCACCCACCUGGGCGUCGCCUUGCUUGCCCCCGUGCUGCUCUUCUUCCACGCCCACUCGGCCCGCUUAUACGUCGCCGAGAGCCUCCUCGUGUUCCUCCUCGACAUUGCGGUGCGCAAAAUCGGCAUCACGCACACGGCCUCCACAGUCGAGAUCGUCCCGGGAACAAACCUCAUCAAGAUCACCGCCCCCAUGCCCGCCCACAAGAUCGACAAGUUCCGCUCGCGCCCGGGCUCUCAUGUCUACCUCAGCCUGCCCCCCGAGGGCAGAACAAGCCAGCAUCCGGUGUCCAAAUCAUUCAUCUUCGACCUCCUCUUCAACCCCUUCACCGUCGCCUCCGCCAGCCAGGACAACCAGACCAUCACCCUGGUAGCCAGAAGACGCACCGGACCCAUGACCAACAUGCUCUCCCAAGUCGCCUCCCCUUCAUCCUCUUCCUCAUCCUCCACAGCAUCACUACCCACAUCAGCAUAUCCAGGGGACACCAACAACAACAACACAAUCACCCUCGCCAUAGAAGGCCCCCACGGCGCCAUAGGCAAACACUUCCAGCACCUCCUCACAUGGGGCGCCUCCCGCAUCCUCCUCGUCGCAGGCGGCGUCGGCGCCACCUUUGCCCUCCCGCUCUACCACGCCCUCCAGCGCGAGCUGCCCUCGUCCCACAUCCACUUCGUCUGGGCCAUCCGCUCCGCCGCCGACGCGACCUGGGCCAUGGCCCCCCUCGCCGGCGCCGGCGCCGGCGGCGGUGACGACGAAAAGUCCCUCCUGGACGAUGACAACGUCCACCUCUACCUCACGGAGAACAUCAUGGGUCAUGAUGCACCCACCACCACCACCACGCCUUCUCCGUCCUCCAUCGAGCUGCAAGACAUGCACGGCGCCUCCCGCCGCCGGCAGAGCAGCAGCAGCAACAGCAGACGUCCCAACUUCCAGAGGAUCGUCGACGACCUUUUCCGUCACGGCGCGGACGAGAAAGUGGCCAUCCUAGUCUGCGGGCCGGACGAGAUGGCGAGGGAUGUGCGGCGACGGGUCGGGCCGUGGGUCUUCAAGGGCCGCGAGGUGUGGUGGCACAACGAGAGUUUUGGAUGGUGA